AUGGAUUACAUGGAAACUUUUGCCCCAGUUGCGAAAAUGACAACAAUUCGCACUCUUAUUACCGUUGCUUCCAUUCGUAGGUGGAAUAUAACUCAGAUGGAUGUUAAGAAUGCUUUCCUCAAUGGAGAUCUUCAAGAAGAGGUUUUUAUGGUUCCUCCACCUGGUGUCCCACACAAACCUGGUGAAGUUUGUAAGCUCCGAAAAACUCUCUAUGGGCUUAAACAAGCAACAUGCGCUUGGUUUGAUAAAUUCUCUACUGUGAUCACUUCAAUAGGAUUUCAUCGUAGUCAUCAUGAUUCGACAUUGUUCAUCAAGUGUACAGAUCGAGGCCGUAUUCUUCUAUAUUUAUACGUUGAUGAUAUGAUUAUUACAGGUGAUGAUAUUGACGGGAUUGGGCUCUUGAAAUCCGAGUUGGCUCGUAGUUUUGCGAUGAAAGAUUUAGGGAUGCUAAGUUAUUUCCUUGGGAUUGAGGUUGCUUCAUCUCCAAAGGGGUAUAUUUUAUCUCAGUCAAAAUAUAUAGGUGAUAUAUUUGAUCAUGCUCGUCUUACUGAUAAUAAGAUUGUGGAUACUCCAAUUGAAACCAAUGCUCGGUAUUCCCUAACCGAUGGCUCACCUUUGCCAGAUCCAGCCUUGUAUUGUACAAUUGUUGGCAGCUUGGUUUACCUCACCAUCACCUGUCUUGAUAUUUCUCAUGUUGUACACAUUGUUAGUAAGUUUGUUACUGCGCCUAUUAUAGUUCAUUGGAGUGUUGUUCUUCGUAUUCUCCGGUAUCUUCGGGGAACUCAGUUUCAGAGCCUUCUCCUUUCUUCCUCUUCUUCCUUGGAUCUUCGAGCGUUCUCUGAUGCUGAUUGGGCUGGUGAUCCCUCCGAUCGCAAGUCCACCACAGGGUUUUGUAUCUUUCUUGGUGAUUCUUUGAUUUCAUGGAAGAGCAAAAAGCAAGAUGUGAUCUCUAGAUCUUCCACAAAAGUUGAGUAUCGUGCUAUGGCCUCUACGACCUGUGAGACUGUUUGGUUACGAUGGUUACUUGGCGACAUGGGAGUCUUUCUUCAUGAGCCUACUCCAUUGUUCUGUGAUAAUAAGAGUGUCAUCCAGAUUGCUCGUAAUUCGGUGUUCCAUGAGAGGACGAAACACAUUGAGAUUGAUUGUCAUAUUGUUGUUCGACAUCACUUUGCAAUCGGUACCAUCACAUUGCCAUUUGUUUCUUCCUCUCUGCAGAUCGCCGACUUGUUCAUCAAAGCUCUAUCCUCUUCUCAUUUUCGUUAUUUUGUUACCAAACUCCCAAUGCUCAUUGUUGCUGCAUCAUGA